AUGUCUUUGAGUGACUCAACAAGUUAUCAACGAAUGGUUUCACUGACCCGUUACCCUCAAUGUGGAGAUCCAGAGAAGUUGAGACAAAAUAUCGAUAGUUUUAUUGAUUUGUCUCUUUCGACAGACGCCUGCUUUCUGUUCAGUCCUUCCCAGAUUGCAUUAUCAGCUGUGGUUUACGCGGCCUCUAAACUAGAAAUCAAUUUGGAUCCAAGUAACGAAAUAAAACAGUUGCAGAAAGUUAUGAGAAAGUUGUGGUCAAUGAUAACGUCGGUGUCGACGCCACAGAGAGAACAGGUCAGAGCCAUUGAACAGAAGCUGGAGUUGUGUCGAAAUCAGAGCAAUAAUCCCGACUCUAAAGACUAUCAGCGAUCGCUGGAUGAAGAGAUGGGCGAAGAGACGGUUCCGUUCGAACAGUACGCCCGCAUAUGUCAGGAACAGGAGAGAAGUGACCAAAAACUCAUCGAAACCACUGGAAUGUCAUCAAAACGCCAGAAGUUUUGAAGUAUUACACAUGACUUAC